AUGGAUCCCUCGAGAGACUAUAUACUCCACCACAAAGGAUGUUGUUUCGCAGGAAAAAUAACUACGCCUGAGUACAUUGAUUCCUUGGAGACAUUUGAAAUCAGAGACAGUGAUGUAUUUUUAGUUACUUUUCCAAAGUCAGGAACUGUGUGGACUCAGAAUAUUUUGAGUUUAAUAAUUCAUGAAGGCCACAGGAAUGGAACAGAAAACAUAGAGAACAUGGACAGAAUGCCAUGGCUGGAAUACAAUGUUAAAAAUAUGGAUUAUACGUCUCUUCCUUCACCCCGUGUCUUUGCCACUCACCUGCCUUACUACUUAACUCCAAGAGACCUGAGAAACAAAAGGGCUCGUGUUAUCUAUGUUACCAGGAACCCCAAGGAUAUUUUGGUUUCAUAUUUCCACUUUUCCAAAAUCAUAGCUGCAUUAGAGGAAGUAUCAGAUUUCAGCCUUUUCAUGGAGAGAUUUUUAGCUGGGCAAGUACCUGGCGGUAAGUGGCUGGAUCAUGUAACAGGCUGGUACAGCCAUGCGGAGGACUUCAAUAUACUCUUCCUUACCUAUGAAGAAAUGAAAAAGGAUCUCCGAAGUGCUGUGCUGAAGAUCUGCGACUUCCUGGGCAGGAAGCUGAGUGAAAAGGAAGUGGAAAGCGUUGUGAGACAGGCUACGUUUGAGAACAUGAAGAAAGAUCCCAGGGCAAACUAUGAGAUACUGUCAGAAAACCUCCAAGUGAACAAAGAAGGUCAUUUUUUACGCAAAGGCACUGUUGGAGACUGGAAAAACAUCAUGACAGUAGCACAGAGUGAAAGGGUUGAUGAAGUUCUGAAAAAGAAAAUGGAGAAUCUGCCCAUCAACUUCAUCUGGGAUAUUAAUGAUCAGGUGUAGACUGCUUUCCAGCUUCAUCACCCUUUGGUAUUCAUAGUGGAUGGACAUAUUGGAAGUCU